UUCUGGCAUUAACAAACGAAGCUAGAAAUACAUACGGUCUUCGACACCAGGAUUAUCAGCGUUAUAGAAAGUAUUGCACUCAAAAAUUACAUCGUCUACGUGAGGUCUUACAAUUUACUCAUAAUAAAAGCGGCAAGGCUUUUCAGAAAAGAAUUGUGACUGAUGAUGUGCUAACUGAUGUAAGAUAUUUGCAAAUUCUUUUAUUUGAUACGGAGCGUUCGUGGAGUUAUGCGAUGGAGUUGAAAAUAGCUUCGAGAUCAGCUAGCGCGGAUACACGGAAAAGACAACAUUUAAUAAAACGCUUGAGGAAAGCUUCAAAAUAUGGUGAAAUUCUGGCGAAUUUAUGUAGCGCAGAAAAGGGAAAAGUAGAUGCACGUACAGCUUUAGAUGCGCAGGCUUAUUCUGCACUGAUGUCUGGUUAUUUGCUCUUUGAAAAACAAUCAUGGCAAGCUGCUUUUGACAAAUUUGCCGCAGCAAGAACCAUUUAUAAAAAAUUAUCGAGUGCUGGAACAUCGCAUCAGGAAGCUUUGUGUCAAUCGAUUAUUGAUGAUAUUGAUCCGAAUAUUCGAUAUUGUGCAUUCAAAUUACGUUUGGGAACGGAUGGGACCAGAGAUGUAGAGGAACUGAUGAAAAUCAAUCUUGGAAAAAAUAAGAGUGCCAAGUUGGAUUUGUUAGAAGCACAAGUUGAGUCAGUACUUUCUCAAAAACGACCCGAAAAAGAAGCUCUUCUGACGUCAAUUACAUGGAAAGACCGUAUAGUGCCAUUGAAAAAUCCUGAUUUGGCACUUCAUAUUCUGCGAGCACAAGAAGCCACGCUUAAACUAGAAAAAUCAGAUAAUGCUGGAGAAUCAACGAAAAUGGAAUUAUUUGACAAAGUGCUAGAGGCAUACGGAGAUGCUGAACGUGUUGCUAAAACUGCAAUAAAGGAAGAUGCGGUUGCUACUGCCAAAGUCAAAUCUUCAAAAUCCGAACAAAAUACGGCAAAUCUGAAUUUUAUUUACACUUAUGUCGCAUACAACUAUUUAUCUCGUAGAAUUCAACGUAAUUUGAUGCUAGUUGACUCCUUAAGACGAAGUUUUGAACAGCAUGAAGAACAAGAUACCGGAAAGUUUAUUAUCGGAAAACUUCAGGAUAUUAUUAAAUUAUAUGAAAACGUGUUGCAGAGUAUUAUCGAAAUUAGUGAACUUCCGGCGGUACAAGACGAUUUCGCUUUAUCUCAAGAAAUUGAAGCAAAACUUUUAUACUAUAAAGCAAGCAAGACCUUUUAUGUUGGUAAUGCUUAUGCUAUCACAAAUCAGUACGUUGAGGCUAUAGAAUUAUAUGAACGUGCUAGAGAAUAUAUCGCACAAGCAAAAUCGCUGGUAGCACAAAGUUCACCCGACGCUGAAGACGUGUUGAUAUUUACGCAAGAGGACUUGACUCGAUUAGAUAAUUUAUUGAGGGGUCAUAAAU